AUGGAGUCCGACAAAAACCUUUGGGAGCUCCCAUAUUACCAUGGAUUGCUACCGCGAGAGGACACUGUUGCAAUGCUGAAGGCGAAUGGCGAGUUCCUGAUCCGAAAGAGUGAGGAGAAUGCAGGCGAUGCAAGAACGUUCGUCCUGUCGGUCGUCUACGGCAACGUCAAGCACUAUAUCUUCCGUGAGGAGAAAGGACGCUUCUCCAUCGACUUCAAAUCAGACAAGGGCUACAAAUCAAUAAGGGAUUUCGUCGACAGCCAUAUGCAAAGCCGCCAACCCGUUUGCCUGGCCAGCCAUGUUAUCAUCACCAAGGCCAUUGGAAGGAAGGAAUGGGAGCUGGCACAUGCGGACAUUGUGAACGGAGCAAAGCUGGGAGCUGGUGCAUUCGGCAUUGUAAGGCGCGGAGAGCUCAAGAUCAGCGGCGGACAGACGGUUAAGGUAGCCAUCAAAGAGGCGACACUGACCAAGUGUACAAAGGAGCAGAUAAAGGAGUUCAUGAACGAGGCCCGUAUAAUGCGCAAGUUCAAGCAUCCAAACGUCAUCCAGUCUUAUGGUGUAGCCGUUGGUCAGGAGCCGCUGAUGAUUGUAAUGGAGCUCGCGACAAAUGGUGCACUGAAGGACUAUCUGCAGGAGAUCCAGAGGAGCCCAAGGAGCAAGCUGUACAUGUGUCUUGGAGCCGCUUCUGGUCUCAGCCAUGUUCACGAGAACAACGUCGUCCACUGUGACAUCGCGGCAAGGAAUUGCCUUUACAGCGAACAAAAGGUCAAAAUUGCUGACUUUGGGCUCGCUCGUGAGUUGCUGCCUGGUGACACGGAAAUCAAGCUCGACAAGGAUCAAAAGCUCCCGAUCAAGUGGUUGGCACCGGAGACGAUGAGGGAUCGGGUCUGCACCAAGAAGUCGGACGUUUGGGCCUUCGGAAUCCUCUGCUGGGAGAUCUUUGCGAACGGCGGUAAUCCCUACCAAAACUUUGGCUCCAAUAACGACGUUGCAAGAAGGGUGAUAAUGGGUGACCGGAUGAAGUUCUCCGACGAAGCACCAGCGGAAUUCUGUGACUUCAUGACGAGGCAGGUUUGGGCCGGUGACGCCGACGACAGAAGUCCGAUGCAGCAAGUGCUUCUAUGGUUCGACAAUAACAUCAAGCGCAUGACCGACAGUCAAAGGAGCCGCAUGGACAACACGAGAGGAGGCAGCUCAAAACCAGCUCGUCCGACGUCAAAGGAGGGAACAACUGCGAAGGAAAAAAGCGGGAGGGAGAAGAAUGAAAGCGGGCGAGAUAAGAGUCAGAAGGGCAAGAAGGGACACCGGAAGGGAUGA